UCAAACUUAAGUUAUAAUCACAUAAAUUCGAACAAAACAUAUCAACAACAAUAAAUUAGAAGGGAAUCUUAAAUCCAUUUUUAAAAGUCCAUUAAAAGUGGUAAAGCUCGUUGCAUAUAAUGACCAGUAUGAAAAAUUUAUGUUGCGUCUAAUAUUUUAGAGCAAUUGCAUGAAAGUGAGUAGUAAAAAUUAAAACUAAUAAACCUUAUGUACGGUCUGCGUGUGAAACCUGACGGAACUUACAUGUUGUGCUGUAAUGUGCACUUCAAAGUCACAUACAAAAAUAUCAGUGAUUACGUUUAACGGUCGACUGUAAAAUUAAGCAUAAAUAUUUUUGAAAUGUUCCUUUUUGAAACGCAAACUUUUUUUAACAUACUUCUUUGUUUCACUUACUUUUCUAUUCAUAUUACUUAAGGUUAAGUACCAGUUUAAUCUUGUGUUUCAAUCAGCAAAGUACAGGCCACCGAUUUCUCAGAUCAAAACGUUGCCACGUCGCGUCGCUGUCGUUACAAUCAAAUAAUGGACCACUCGACGGCAAUCGAAUCAACGCCUUGGCUUUUGUGCCUUUUAUCAAGACUCUUGACCAUCUCCCGCGCACUUUACUGUAUUAAUGUCCAUUUUAUUAGAAAAUAAGUAACAAAUGUUUGCUCUUUCGCAGAUUCAUGAAAAUGGCAAGAGUGAGCAAAGAAUACAUACACAAUGAUUACCGAAAUCACUAAGAUUUUGUAGAGUUAAGAUGGAGGCAGCGUUGCCGCAUUUUCAUCGUUUGACUUCGUCGCGGUUUUACCAGCAGUAUGCGGCGCCGCCGGUGCGGAUCUCCAGCAACUACCUCCACGACCUCAUUCCCCAACAGCACCCGACCCUCCUGCAGCAGUACCUGGCCUACUACAAUGAACCUCUCGUACCCCUCGACCUGUCUCUCAAAUCAACCACUCCGAUCACCCCUCCAUGCACGCCGCCACCCUCGCAAAAACGAAAAAUAACUGACGAUACCAAGCCUGAAAAAUCCCCGAAAAUAUUUCGACAUUUCGAAGAUAAUGACAGUAAGGAAACCCCCGAAGACAAACCAGAAAAAAGAAAACUUGAAGAUGACAAUUCGAACGAUAGCGAGAGUCCCGAAGCUAAGAAAUUAAAAUUCACCAAACAAUUUUUCGAUGAACUCAAAACAUGUUUACCGCAAGAAGAGGAGACUCCAUCAAAGAGUGGCAGAAGUUCUCCAGAUGUCGUGGAAAUAAAAGAUUUAGAGGAACGACCCAAAAAGUCCCCGAAACCUACCACUCAGCCGUUAAAGAAAAGCAAAGCAGUUAGACGGCUGAUGUUCGAUGAAGACAAAACAUCUCCUGUCUCCGGUACCAUCAUACGCGAUCUAGCCGAAGACGAAACUCUAGUCGUGCGCAAGGGGGACAUUGAUCCGGCGUUUAACGUGGUGGAGGUGACUGACGAGGCGAAGGCUUUGAUAGCGGCGAUAGAGAACAGGCUGGGCCGGUACAUCUGCAGGCUGUGUCGGCGACUGUACAGCGACGCGUUCGCGCUGGCUCAGCAUCGGUGCUCGAGGAUCGUGCACAUUGAAUACCGAUGUCCGGAGUGCGAUAAGGUAUUCAACUGCCCCGCGAACUUGGCAUCUCACCGUCGCUGGCACAAGCCCCGCGUCCCUGGCGCUGUCAAACGGCGUGAACCUCAGACUACCGACGCGGGUCGGUUUCCCUGCCAGCGAUGCGGCAAGCUGUUCCGAAGGCAGGCGUAUCUGAGGAAGCAUAUGCUGGCUCAUGAACAGCCUGAGAGCGAGCCGGAGAAAGAACCGUCGGCGUUCCGUCAGGUCCAUGCGGAGUAUCCUGCUUAUCCACCGGAAACCCUCCGAGACGCCAACUUCAAUACAUUCUGGAACAAGAUCCCACCACCUCCACAAGAGCUAAGCUGGGAAGGGGUUCGGCCUCGAUGCGGGUCGUCCUGCUCGUCUGAAGACUCGAGGAGUCUGGACGUCACGGGUUCGGAGGACGAGGGCGGGGGUGUGGGGGUGUCGGAGGGGGGGGAUGGGUGACGCAGGGUACUGCGGCCGGUGCCGCGGCUCCCCGCCUACGCGCCCGUCGCAACUGCCCUGUACCCGUACUCCGCGCCUUACACUGACGCACAUAUGUACUUCUCGUAAAUUAGAGAUGAAUGCUGUUGUCGAUGUUUGUGGAGGUAAGAUGUCAUAAAGACAUUUCAAAAAUACCUUCAUUCAGUAGCGAAGAAAGAUUAUUAGAUAUACGAAAGUUUAAAUGUCUUAAAUUGUUAGAAUAUCUUGGUCUCUUUGUAAAGUUUUCAAAGGUCAUUUCAAAGUUUAAAAUUCGACGACUCUGGUAUAAUAAAAAUUGCAAUUUUGAUUAAAGAAUACAGUUAUAAAAUCUUUCUUGAUCACUCAUCUAUCAACGUAAAAGGAUUUAAAAGAAAAAAAAGGUUCUAAACUAAUAGUUUAUCAUAUCAUUUAAUAUUUAAAUAAGUAUAAAAUGUAAAU